GCCCUUCUGUGAGCCAGCUAGGGCUACCCGGAGUGGGUCACCAGCCCCUGGAGAUGCUGAAGAGCCAGUGGAAGUCACAGGUGGAAGAGAAGACCCUCCGCUGCCUUCAGGAGGGUGACAGGUCCGGGAAGAGACCCUCGAGGAAGCAGACUUACAAAGCCGAGGAUGCACCGGGCAGGUGUGGAGCCCAGCCUGGCCAGAAGGAGCGGGCUGGGGGCAGCUCGAGGCCGGCGUCUCCCCGGAGGAAACAGGCAGAGCGCAGGGGACGCCAAGAGCAGCUGGGGGAGCGGGAGCGGCGAAGCGCAGCAGAGAGGACCAGCGAAGGGAGGAGGAAGAGGGACAGGACGGCUUCCCUCAGGAAGCAGAGAGCACCCCCAAAGAAGGAAAAGGAAGCGAUGUGGAAGCAGCUGAAGAAACACAGGUCUUCCUCCUCAGCCUCCAGUGCCUCUUGUGGGGAGUCUCUGUCUGAGGAGGAACUGGCCCGGAUUCUGGAGCAGGUGGAAGACAAGAAGAAGCUCAUUGCCACCAUGCGGAGCAAGCCCUGGCCCAUGGCGAGGAAGCUGGCGGAGCUCAGGGAGGCCCAAGAAUUUGUGGAGAAGUAUGAAGGAGCCUUGGGAAAGGGGAAAGGCAAGCGACUCUACGCCUGUAGGAUGCUGAUGGCUAAGAAAUGGGCCAAGUUUAAAAGAGACUUUGAUAAUUUCAAGACUCAGUGUAUUCCCUGGGAAAUGAAGAUCAAGGACAUUGAAAGUCACUUUGGUUCUUCAGUGGCAUCAUAUUUCAUCUUUCUCCGAUGGAUGUAUGGGGUUAACCUCGUCCUUUUUGGCUUAAUAUUUGGUCUAGUCAUAAUCCCAGAGGUACUGAUGGGCAUGCCCUAUGGAAGUAUACCCAGAAAGACAGUGCCUCGGGCUGAGGAAGAAAAAGCCAUGGAUUUUUCAGUCCUUUGGGACUUUGAGGGCUACAUCAAGUACUCUGCUCUCUUCUACGGCUACUACAACAACCAGAGGACCAUCGGGUGGCUGAGGUACAGGCUGCCCAUGGCUUACUUCAUGGUGGGGGUUAGCGUGUUUGGCUAUAGCCUGAUGAUCGUCAUUAGAUCGAUGGCCAGCAACACCCAGGGCAGCACGAGCGAGGGGGAGAAUGACAACUUCACAUUCAGCUUCAAGAUGUUCACCAGCUGGGACUACCUGAUCGGGAAUUCAGAGACGGCCGACAGCAAGUAUGCCUCCAUCACCACCAGUUUCAAGGAAUCAAUAGUGGACGAACAAGAGAGUAACAAAGAAGAAAAUGUCCAUCUGACGAGAUUUCUCCGUGUCCUGGCCAACUUUCUCAUCAUCUGCUGUUUGUGUGGAAGUGGGUACCUCAUUUACUUUGUGGUGAAGCGAUCCCAGGAGUUCUCCAAAAUGCAGAACAUCAGCUGGUACGAAAGGAACGAGGUAGAAAUUGUGAUGUCCCUGCUUGGGAUGUUUUGUCCCCCUCUGUUUGAAACCAUUGCUGCUCUGGAGAAUUACCACCCACGCAUUGGACUGAAGUGGCAGCUGGGACGCAUCUUUGCGCUCUUCCUUGGGAACCUCUACACAUUUCUCUUGGCCCUGAUGGAUGACGUCCACCUCAAGCUUUCAAAUGAAGAGACAAUAAAGAACAUCACGCACUGGACCCUGUUUCACUACUACAACGCCUCGGGUUGGAACGAGAGUGUCCCCCGGCCACCCCUGCACCCUGCAGACGUGCCCCGGGGUUCUUGCUGGGAGACAGCCGUGGGCAUUGAAUUCAUGAGGCUGACGGUGUCCGACAUGCUGGUAACGUACAUCACCAUCCUUUUGGGGGACUUCCUGCGGGCUUGUUUUGUCCGGUUCAUGAACUACUGCUGGUGCUGGGACCUGGAGGCUGGAUUUCCCUCAUAUGCUGAGUUUGAUAUUAGUGGAAAUGUGCUUGGUUUGAUCUUCAACCAAGGAAUGAUCUGGAUGGGUUCCUUCUACGCCCCGGGCCUGGUGGGCAUCAACGUGCUGCGCCUGCUGACCUCCAUGUACUUCCAGUGCUGGGCGGUGAUGAGCAGCAACGUCCCCCACGAACGCGUGUUCAAAGCCUCCCGGUCCAACAACUUCUACAUGGGCCUCCUGCUGCUGGUGCUCUUCCUCAGCCUCCUGCCCGUGGCCUACACCAUCAUGUCCCUCCCGCCCUCCUUUGACUGUGGGCCAUUCAGUGGGAAAAACAGAAUGUAUGAUGUCAUCCAAGAGACAAUCGAAAACGAUUUCCCAACCUUCCUGGGCAAGAUCUUUGCUUUCCUCGCCAACCCAGGCCUGAUCAUUCCAGCCAUCCUCCUGAUGUUCCUGGCCAUCUACUACCUGAAUUCAGUUUCCAAAAGUCUUUCCCGAUCUAAUGCCCAGCUGAGGAAGAAAAUCCAAGCGCUCCGUGAAAUUGAGAAGAGCCACAAAUCUGUCAAAGGCAGAGCCACAGCCAGAGAUUCAGAGGAGACAGCUAAUGGCAACUCCAAAAAUUCCACCCAGCUCCAACUCCCCAAAGAAGGGACCAUGCGUCACUCUGCCAGCCAAAGCCAGACCCUCGACCAGAAGGCACAGGGCCCUGAGGCCUCCAGUUCUGCGGGCAAGGCUGUGCCGCCCGCCUCUCAGCACCUUCCUAUAUCUCGGUCCCCUGGCGCCAGAACAGGCUCUGGCCAAGCCCGGCCUCAGGCUCAUCCUUGGAGGUCAGCCUCUGGAAAGAGUGCUCAGAGACCUCGCCACUGACCAUGGGGACUGGCGGAAGCCGCGUCCUGGGGUUAAUCCUCGGGCCCCAUUGGCUCACAGCCCCCAGUCGUUCUCUCUUCCUCUCUUCUCUCAUCGAAUGUGGGAACUUUGAUUACUCAAUCUCAGGCCUUGUUGGUAACCAAAACAGGAGGACCAAGGCUUCAUCCACCCUUUAGGAGGGCGGGGACUCCCCAGGAUCCUGGCUCAGGCGGCUUGGACCUGAACUCACAGCUGUUUCCUUCGGCUCCAGACUUUGCGGGGAGGAGCUGCGCCGGGCCCACCAUCAUAGGCUUUUCUCACGGAGCUCAUGUUGGGACCCAGGCUUCUGCCAGCGCCACCUACUGGGCAAGGCUUGGUGGCUCCUGGGACCCUCAAGACGCAGGAAGCUUCCAGCGAGCUAGGGAGCUGGGUAGAGGAGGAGGGCAUAGGUGAGAGGAGGGGUGUUGAUGUAGGGUGCUUUACAGCUGGGAUGCAUUGUGAGAAAACAGUUUAAAGGUUGCCUUCAUGCCUGCAUUCUCGGGUUUGACCUUCCAGCUCAUUCCAUCUUAAAGCUUCGCUAUUCAGCCUGUCCAGGGGUCAUCAGGCAUGAAAACCAUUCUUCCUUCCUUCCUCUCUUUCUUUCUUUCCUCAACUCACCUAAGAAUGACUUGAACUAGAAAGUCUAUUUAACAGUUUCUCCAGAGAAAUAUAACUGGUAUCUUACUGGAAUUACCCGAAUCUGCCUGUGCAUUCCGUACUGGAGGGAAAUGAAACAGACCCUGAAUCUUACCUGUCAGAGGCAGUUUUACAGGCUGAUCUUUCAUUUCUAAUAACCUACACGCUCAAUGUCCAUAAGGAGCGCCACUGCACAGAGUCGCGUAGGUAGGAACACAUUUCUGGUGAAGAUCAAGGGGACGCCUGAUCGCCCUGUGACUCACACACUCACAAAAACUGGAAGUGAUGCACCAGCCAGUAGGCGGACCUGGGCAGGGUACCAAGUGCAUCCAUGACACUGGUGAUCCUCGACUCACAUAGGCUUUGUAGAGCCCCAGCCAAAGCUGGCGCACCAAAGUUCCACAUGCUCUAGAAGGGACAAGAAGGAAUAAACCCGCCACACAGAAUGGAACAUUAGUCUCUCUCGACUCCAGCAGAAAGUGGAGGAGAAAAUCUCCCUUGAGAAUUUAUAUCCACAAGGCAGCCCUCACACAGAGGGUCUAAGUCCCCAUGCCAGCUGUGUGUUUAAAAAAACUCAAAUGGAAAAUUUUAAGUGAUCUUAAGUUAAUAGUGCCUCCAAGAAAAGGGGAUGGGUACAAAGAAACAAAAACCAGCCCAACAAAUAGAAAGCAUGUAAUACAACAGAAAUAAAUCAAAAUAUAUCAGGAAUCAAAAUAAAUGCAAAUGGACCAAACCCUCCAGACAGAAGACAAAAAUUAUCAGAUGGAUAUUUUAAAAUUCCAUGUGCUAUUUCCAAAGGAUACAUUUAAAACCUAAGGAUAGGGUGUGUAUGGACUUUAUCCCUUUUGGGUCCCAGGAAAUACAGUCUUCAAGGGCGAAAUCACCAGGUGUGUGAGUGUAAGUUGGAAUUGAUUUUGAGUGCUGAGGAUUCCUACUAAAGACAGCUGUCCGCAGUCUUGUGCCAGACUUGUGGAAAAUGUAAAGAAAAGCCCAAGAUCGUAGCUGGGCAGGUGAGGUAUAUAGAGCGUGCCCGAUCUCUCUACCGCCGACUGUGUCUGGAGAAUGAGCCAUAUAAACCUAACCUCCAAAUUCUAUUGUGAAGUUUCAACAAGCAUCUGACGCACGUGAGACUAAGUGCCACGCAUUAGGCUGACUGCUCAGUGAGUAACAGAUGUCAGCACAGACAUCCUCAGGCUCGGCACUGAAUGAACAAAGCUUUUCUCCUGGACUCCUGAAUGAUCUUCCUAGAAUGCUUCCCUUUCUUGCCUCUGUCGAAAGCAAUGUUGCAUAUAUGUGUAACUCAUUACCAAAGAAUGUUGCAGGGUUUCUUUGGCCUAGGAAUUGCUAGAAGCCUCUGAAAUUUGAUGUGAAAAAUUCGCAUCAAAUGAGUGCAGUGCCGCCAUCUUGUGGUUGUUUCAUGCAACUUCCUUUCCUGACGCUCUCCAGUCCCUGGUACUAAACCGCACAUUCACUUCCGUAGUAAAAACUCUGGGUUGAUUUACACCAGAAUGACACAGUGAGCCAUAGGCUGCCCUAAAUAAAAGAGGAAUGGAUGCUGUA